AUGGUCGAAUACACAGUGCCUUGCAAGGGCAUAGUUGCUUAUUCGCAGCACGACUGGAAAUGGGAAGAGCUCUUGACGCGCGAACCAAGGGAGGAUGAGUUUCUGGUCGAGAUGAUAGCAACGGGUGUAUGCCACACCGACAUCUCUGGCUACGGGGGCAUCUACCACGAGUGCUGGGACAUGAAGGUUCGAGCCGGCCGCAUCCUCCGCCUCGGCUCUCAGCACCAAGCAUCCAACUAUAAAGAAGGCGACCUAGUCAUCCUUUCCGCUGCUGCGUGCCUCACCUGCCACUACUGCGCCACCGGCCACCCCGCCUACUGCGUCGACCACGCGUCUCUAACCCUCGCCUCCAACGAGCCCAAUUUCGUGCUUGCCAGCGACAAAUCCAAGACCAUCGGCGGCGGCUACUUCGGGCAGUCUUCCUUCGCGUCCCCCGUGCCUGUCAAAGUGUCCUGCGCCGCAAACGUCACCAAGCUGGUUCGCGACGCGGAGGAGCUGCGCGCCUAUGCGCCACUGGGGUGCGACAUCAUGACCGGCGCGGGUUCGAUAACGCACGUAGGCCGCUGCGGACCGGAGGACGUCGUUGCUAUUGUUGGACUGGGAGGUGUGGGGUUGGCGGGUGUGUGUGCUGCGAAGCAGAGGGGGGUUAAACAUGUCAUUGCUGUUGAUCUGCUGCAGUCGCGUAUUGAUCUGGCUCUACAGCACGGUGCCACGGUCGGUCUUCUGUCGACCAAGGAGGGGCCCAAAGGCGAAGAGAUGAGUGCUGCGAUUAAGAAUCUCACGCCGGGUGGCCUUGGAUGCUCCCAUAUCCUGGAUACGAGUCCGAGUGUCACCGUGCUGCGGCAGUGUAUGGAGGCGCUGCAGAAAAAUGGGCAGUUGCUGCAGGUUGGUGUCAAGCCGGUCGGUGCAAAGUACGAGCUGGAUCUGCUGACACAUAUGGUGAAUGGGCGGCGUUUGAUUGGCGUCAUUGAAGGGGACAGAGAUCCAGCGGAGGCGUUGCCUGAGUUGGUGCAGUGGAGUAAGGAUGGAGUACUGCCUGUGGAGAAGAUGUUGAAGGAGUUCGAGGUCACAGAGUUUGAGGAGGCUAGGCAAAAGAUGGAAGAGGGGAGUGUGAUUAAGAGCGUGUUAGUAUGGUAA